AUGAUGAAGACCGCCAUCGUCGCUUCUGCCCUUGCCCUUGCAUCGACCUCGAUGGCUCGCAAGGUUACCAUCACCAACUCAUGCUCUUACACUGUCUGGCCUGGUCUGUACACCGGUUCUGGUGACAAGCCCACCCAGGCAACUGGCUGGCAGGCCGACCCUGGCAACACCGUUACCUUCGACGUCCCCGACAACUGGACCGCCGGUCGCAUCUGGGGUCGCCGCGAGUGCGACUUCAGCACCAACCCCGGCCCCAACUCCUGCGUUGACGGCGGCUGCAACGGCGGUCUCGAGUGCACCGACCCUGGUGUCCCACCCGCCACUCUCGCCGAGUUCACGCUGAACGCGAACAACAACGAUUACUACGAUGUCUCCCUCGUCGAUGGCUUCAACAUCCCCAUGGCUAUCACCAACACCGGCAGCUGCAGCGUCGCCUCCUGCCCCGCUGACCUCAACGCUAACUGUACGUAUUCUAUCCGUUUCUCAGCGUCACGUCGCAUUUUAACCCCUCUUUCGCCAUCGGGCCCCGAUGACAUCAAGGGCCCCAAGGACUCGCAGGGCAACGUCGUCGGCUGCAACUCAGCCUGCAACGCUAACCUCGACGGCAACCCGCAGGAUUCAGCCAACUGCUGCUCCGGCUCGCACAACACCGCGGACACGUGCCCUUCGUCCGGCGUCGCGCACUACGACUACUUCAAGUCCAACUGCCCUAACUCGUAUGCCUACGCCUACGACGAGUCCUCCGGCACUGCCCUCUGGAUGUGCGCGUACAACUCGGCGACCGACUACACUAUUACUUUCUGCCCUUCCUCGUAA